AUGGCCACAGCGGUAGCAGCCCCAUAUUGGUGGCACGACAGCGAAAGCGUUGUAAAGGAGAUCAUCCAUUCACUGCAAACUCGAUGCACUUCAGGAAAUUGGAGUUACGACAAUGUCAAGUACAACAUCAGCGCUGGCAUUGCACAGGUGAAAUUGGACGAGCCCCGCACUGGAAAUGCCUUGAGACACAAAACCGUCAGCGCUUUGCUGGACAUUUGCGUUGAACUGCACGGACGACCAGAUGUGAAGGCCGUAGUCUUCACCGCCAGCGGGUUUUACUUUUCCACCGGGGGCGCCUUUGGCGAAACUCCUGAGGAUGAAAGCGACUUUGCGCCGCGCUUGGAACCAGGAGCCAGCAGAUUUGAAACUGCUGUGGCAGAAAACCUGCCAAUUGCCCAUUUGUUGUACUUGAUGAGCACGCUGCCUCAAUACAAGGUGGCAGCAAUUCGGGGCAGCAUUAUGGGUGCUGGAAUCAGCCUGGUGGCGGCAAUGGAUUACGUUGUAGCACCUGAAAGUAGGACCCAGCUGAGUUUCAAGGAGGCCACCCGCGGCCUGGGCGCCUGCUGUUCAUGGCAGGCCACAGUGGCGAAGUUGGGAGUGAUGAAGAUGCGGCAAUUUUGUCUUUUGGCUGAAGAUGUGAAUGCUAACCAAGCCAAAGAACUGAAGCUGGUGGAUCACAUCGUCACAGGCGCCGCCAAAGAUGCCUUCAUCGAAGCAGAUGCCUUGGCCUUGGCCAAGGCCAAAGAAGUUGCAAGGAAAUGUUUGGACGAAAGACAAGCUUUGAAGACAACAGGACCUCUCCAAAGAAAACCACUGCUGCAGUUGGCAGGUUUGAAAGAUUCCGUCGAAGCGUUGCUAGAGGAGGUUUCCAAACGGCAUGGGCUUGAACCGCGCUGUCCUGUGCACCGCUUCAGCAACCAAAUGUGGCCCUACGAGGCUGUGCAACUGGAGAUUGUUGGACAGCACAUGGCUAGGCUAAGCCUCAAAAGGGGCCACCUGCUGGAUGGCCUCUUGAUUGCUCUGCUGGAGCUUCAUAGAACCGCUCCUGGCCAGGUGCGUUUAGUGGAGCUUUACUGCGAGACGACACUGGAGGGCCUCGAUGACGUGAAGUUUGAAGAUGCCCUGGCACUGCUGCGGAUGCUGCCGCAGCUGCUGCUGGGACGUCCACCUGCAGAAGGUCAGGGGCUGCAACUGCUGCUGUGGGCGCAGUGUGAUGUGGUCUUGGUCACCUCAGAGGUCAGCUUCGAUGUGCCUGAGGGCUGGGACUUUCCUGACGAGGUUGCUCCGGGUUCCAUUGAUGCCGCUGCGGCCAAGGACUUGGGCAUCAUGUGCCACGUGGUGGAAACUGAGCAGCUUGCCGUGGAAAAGAUUUGUGAGAAACUAUCGGAGUGCGCUCCAAACGCAGUGGCACAAGCCAAAGGUUUCAUCCACAAGAUUGGGAGCCAACCAAUGUGUUCGGAUGUCCUUCAAGAGCUGGCUGGACAUGUUGCACGGCGCACAGAAGAUCCUGAGUUUGAGGAUUCCAUCCGAGCCUUGUGGGACAAGGCACAUGUGCCAAUCUACCGGCGACCCGACCAUCGAGUCGUACCACCACAUCUCGUUGGCCAGGAGGAUGUGGAAGACUGGAAUGGGCCGCAGUGGCAAGAUGAUGGCAGUGUCCUCAUCUGA